AUGAAGCUUACUCUGCUGGCAUCUCUUCUAGGAAUCCUCAUCUUCUGCUCACUAACCCCCCAAGUAUUGGGUGGCGUUCAAAAUCUUCUUCAGGCCAUAUGUGGGGACCUCAAAGAUCCCUGCAAAUUGGAUGUCAACUAUGGAAGUUGCUAUGAAAAGCAUGUGAGUUUCUUUUACAACAAAAGUUCCAAAGCAUGUGAACGGUUUGUGUACUCGGGCUGUAAUGGCAACCUGAACAACUUCCGGCUUAAAAUAGAAUGUGAUGUUGCCUGCGUGGAAGAAUACCGACAAAAGUAA